CGGCAGAGUGUGAUAGAGUCUGAAACAGUGCGGCAGUUUGAAGACACUCCUCACAGCUGUGUGAUUUUUUUUUUUAUUAAUUAAACGGAUAUUUUAUCACCACACAACACUGAAUUGGUUGUGAACUUCUGCUGCCCUGUUUGGACGAUAGUCCUCACUGAACCUGGACAAGCUCCCUCCUUCCCUUCAUCCCAUCCAUAGACUAGAGGUCAACUGCUUUCUGGAGCAGGUGUAGAUUUACGCAGAAAGAGGGGCACAUCACAUGGGAGUGUGUGACUGCGUGUGUGAGGGUGUGUGUUCAGGCCUCCUGCCGUCGCCUGCUCUUUCCGGACAGACAUGGCGGGAGGCAGAGAGCGCGGCUCCCGGACACAGAGGCCAUGGUCCGUGUACCGGGCCAACACGUUCGAGCUGUCCAACGAGAUGAUCGGCCUGGCCCUCGCAGGAAAUAGUCAGGACCCAGAUGAACCUGUGCUGGAGUUCAGCGUGGCCUGCACAGACCUGGUGACUCCUGCUUUGGAUCGAAAACCCAACAGCUUUGUAGCAGUGAGCUGCACGACACCACCACAGGCCUUCUGGACCAAACACGCCCAGACUGAAGUCAUAGAGGGCACCAGUAAUCCCAUCUUCCUCAGCAGCAUUGCCUUCUUCCAGGAGUCCAACAUCAACCAGCAGACGCAGGUGAAACUGGCCAUCUAUGACGUCAAGGACCGCUCGCAGGGCACGAUGUAUAUGUUGGGCUCUGCGCUUUUUCCUGUAAAGGAGUUGUUGCAGGAGAAGAGCCACAGAUUACAGCUGGAACUGAGAUCAGCGGAGAACCAACGAGUGGGGAACAUCACCAUAGCUGCAUGGCAGAUGGAGGACAGGGCAGAUCAUAGGAUGUCGGUCAGCCGCCUGCCAGACAGCGUCAAUGGCCGGACGGUGCUGCCUGUUGACGAGAGCCUCACGGAGUCGAUGGGAGUCCGAAUCAAGUACGCCUCGCUAUGCAAAGACACCCUGCUGCGCUCAGUUUUUGGAGGCACAAUGUCCAGGAUGUACCGCUUCCCCACAACUGAUGGGAACCACCUACGGGUGCUGGAGCAGAUGGCUGAGAGCGUCCUGUCGCUAAACAUUCCCAGACAGUUUGUCAAACUGCUGCUGGAGGAGGAUGCAGCCAGGGUCUGUGAGCUGGAGGAGUUGGGAGAGUUAUCCCCCUGCUGGGAGAACCUGCGGCGACAGAUUGUCUCUCAGUACCAGACCAUAAUACUCACAUACCAGGAAACACUGUCAGACCUUAACGACUACAGAGGUCCAUCAUUCAAAGCCAGCAACCUGAAGGCAGACAGGAAGCUGGAGUUCAUGCCAACCAACCUACACGUUCAGAGGAUGAGGGUACAGGAUGAGCUGGGCUUCGAACACACAUAUGAUGUGAUAACUAUUGGAGCUCCAGCUGCUCACUGCCAGGGUUUUAAAAACAGCGGUCUGAGGAAACUCAUCCAGAAGUUUGAGGAGGCAAAGAAGCACAGCGCCCUCUCCAGCUCGCAGUCCAUCGUCUACAUACCCCAGGAUAUUGUCCGAGCCAAAGAGAUCAUCGCCCACAUCAACACGCUGAAGACUCAGGUCAGCUACUACGCCGAGAGGCUUUCCCGAGCCGCCAAGGACCGAUCGGCCAGCGGACUGGAGAGGACGCUCGCUAUUCUGGCUGAUAAGACUCGUCAGCUGGUGACGGUGUGCGACUGUAAGCUGCUGGCUUCAGCUAUUCAGGCCCUGAACGCAGCACGGCCCGAGUACAUUGCCUCCAAAGCAUCUCCUACCGCCGACUCAGAGCAAGUCGUCCUCCGCAACGACCAGGACACGCUGUUGGCCAAGUGGAGCGGCCGCAACAGCCGAUCCUCACUGCAUGUAGACUGGCAUGAAGAGGAGUGGGAGAAGGUUUGGUUAAAUGUGGAUAAAUCUCUGGAGUGCAUCAUCCAGCGUGUUGACAAGCUGCUUCAGAAAGAGAGAAGACCCAGCGACGCCAGUCAGGACAGCACCCAGAGUGACCUGCAGAGCAGCAGCAGUAAGAAAGGUGGCGGAAAAAGACGAGCUUUCUGGAUCAACCCAGGAAGUAUGUCGCAGGAAUCUCCAUCAUUACCAUCAUCAUCAUCAUCAUCAUCACCUCCACCACCAUCCUCUUCCUCUCUGUCUGCCCUCUCCUCUGCACGUCCUCCCAGCCCUGAACAAGAAUCCUAUGGAAGCCCCGGUGCUGAGGAGGCGUACCCAGGCGAGUGGAGCGAGGCGUUGUACCCUCUCCUCACCACGCUCACAGAGUGCGUCGCCAUGAUGAGCGACAAGGCCAAAAAGUCAAUGGUCUUCCUGCUGAUGCAGGACAGCGCCCCGACGAUAGCCAUGGACCUGUCGCUGCAGUACCGCCGUGACGUCGUCUUCUGCCAGACGCUCACCGCCCUCAUCUGCGGCUUCAUUAUCAAGCUGAGGAACUGUCUCCGUGACAACGGAUUCCUCCGACAGCUCUACACCAUCGGCCUGCUGGCUCAGUUUGAGUCCCUGCUCAGUACCUACGGAGAGGAGCUGUCCAUGUUGGAGGACAUGAGCGUCGGCAUCAUGGAUUUGCGUAAUGUUACCUUUAAGGUGACCCAGGCUACCGGCAGCUCAGCGCCCGACAUGUUGCCGAUCAUCACCGGGAACCGGGACGGCUUCAACGUCCGUAUCCCGCUGCCAGGAACCAUGUUUGACGCUUUACCACGGGAGAUCCAGAGUGGCAUGUUGCUGAGGGUUCAGCCGGUGCACUUCAACGUCGGCAUCAACGAACAGCAGACGCUGGCUGAGAAGUUUGGAGACACAUCUCUGCAGGAGAUCAUCAACUUGGAGAGUCUGAGCAGGCUAAAUUCAUACUAUGAACAGUUCAAAGAAGUCCUGCCUGAGGACUGCCUCCCGAGGUCUCGUUCUCAGACUUGUCUUCCUGAGCUGCUGAGGUUUCUGGGGCAGAACGUCCACGCCCGGAAAAACAAGAACGUGGAUAUCCUCUGGCAGGCUGCCGAGAUUUGUCGCCGGCUGAACGGGGUUCGUUUUACCAGCUGCAAAAGCGCCAAAGACCGCACGGCCAUGUCGGUGACUCUGGAGCAGUGCCUGAUCCUGCAGCAUGAACACGGCAUGGCGCCGCAGGUCUUCACGCAGGCCCUCGACUGCAUGCGCAGUGAGGGCUGCAGACGAGAAAACACAGUGAAGAACGUCGGAUGCCGAAAGUACGCGUUCAACUCGCUGCAGCUCAAAGCCUUCCCCAAACACUACCGACCACCUGACGGCACCUACGGCAAAGUCGAAACCUGAUUGGACUGCAGAGAGCUGUAGACCAGGAUGUUUGGAUAUUAUUGGACUACUGUGUUUUAGGAAGACCAAGAUCAGACAGGGGACAAUCAAGACACUGUUCACAAACAGAAUCUGUUUUAUUUGACCAUCAGGUCACCUGGUUACUGUUUCAGGUUUUAGAUUUGAGUUGUUUGGACGUGUACUCAGUGAUUCUGUGUCACACUAAACCCACAGAUUUCAACAAGCUUAUUAUAAUUACUGAUUUUCGGUGCUGUAUUAGUUGCUUAUGUCAUAUUAUGCAUAACAUGCUGAAUAUGAGAAUAUGUUUCCAGGUAGCUAAAUGGCAAGCUCCUGAGUUUUUUUUUUUUUGUUUUUUUACAAAAAUGUGCAUAACCAGCACAGCCUCAUUCAAUCAAGCACUGAUAUAAUCAAUAUUAACCACACAAACAUUUAUAUUUAUGUUCUUUUAUCCCCUGUCGACCCACAGUAUUAGGACAGAUGUGUUUUCACAUUAUGCCUUUCAUGUAUCUAUGCAGUUAGGUUGUCCUCUACUUUGCAUUAAAUAUUUAGGCUCAUCAAAACUGAAAAAAAACUGUUCACCAUAAUGAACUGACCCUUACCAGCUUUAGAGCAGCUGACCCUGACCACUGACCUCCUCAUGGUGACUGGAAAGGAAAAUUGAAGUAAAAUUUAGAACAAUGUCAAAACUUUUCUCAAAAGGAGGCGAGAAGAUGGAGAACAAGCAGUCAAAUUUAAAAUCAAAGGAUAAAGUUGGCUGAUCACAGUUGGAGAAAGUAAAUCUCUCAGCACAGUGAGACAUAACGAAAUCAGAAAAAAGUAAAUAUGAAUAUGAAAUAUGUUUCUAUGCAGUUUGUUUUCAUACUUAUUUUUGAUUUUAAAGAACAUCUGCAAACUGUAGACACAUUUCUACUUGAAAAUGUCAGAUUGAGACAAGUGUUGUGGACCUUUUCCUUCACUGAGCAAACAAGACUAUCAAACUGCCACGUUAAUCUGCAAUGACCUGUCUGUACCACAAGGGGGAGAUAUUUCACUGUAAAGCCACUUUGCAGCUGUUUGUACUUCACAUUUCAGCAGUUCACCACCUCAUGUGACAUAUUUUUGAGUAUAAUGCUUCUUACUGUGACAUGAACUACACUGUCAGAAUCACUGCUGAUGGAAAGCCCACUGCAGUCCACAUUUAUAACUGUAUGUACAUGUUCCACUGAGGGAGGAUGAGGUAUUUUGUUCUGUCAGCAUAUCGUGUAGAACAUUUGCCAUUUUAUUUUAAGACUGCAGUAGUUUCCGUUCUCACACACUGAAGGAGAUCUGUGAAGGUUUUAAUGUUGCUGUGUAUUAUAACUUGUCUAUCUGACACUGAAAUAAAUAUAAAAUGGG